AGGUCAAUUGAGCACUUCCCUGUACACAUCAGCCCUAAGAAUCAUCACCCCCGACACUUAAAUCUAGUCCUUUUGAAAUAUGCGACGCUUCCGGUAACUUCGUGGGUAUAAGCUGUCAGCGGCAAAGAACUAUGGCAGCCCAAUCAACGCUGCGUCAUGCAGCGUCCGAAGACAUCCUCGUUGCACUCAUCGAAAAGUACAAGAGACUAUUCCAGGACAAGCUUCGAAAGACUUCGCGACAAACGCGCAUCCUCGCGACUAUUGCACUUGCGACGACGAUUAUACUAGGCGGCGAGGGCAGUAGGAGGUGGUGGAAAAAGCGCCGCGCUGAGAAAGAGCAAGGAAGAAAACUCGUGCGCACAAACUCUUGGCUCUCCAAUAAGGAUGGAUCAAGAACUAUAUAUGUCCCCUUCAAAGAUAGCACCUCCAAGGUCGUCAUUAGUAGGACGAAGCUAACGACCUUCGAAGCGCAUCGUCGGCUGUUCCUCAAUCCCCCAAAGGUCUCCGGUUUGGGUGAUGGGACAGUGCCGUCCGCGCAAACGAAGCCUGGCCUCAAUCUGGCAUUCCUGCAUCAGUUUCUGAGCCUGAUGAGCAUUAUGAUACCUCGAUGGUCUAGCAAAGAGGCAGGUUUACUUGUCAGUCACGGUGUAUUUUUGAUGCUUCGAACAUAUUUAUCACUCGUAGUGGCGCGACUGGAUGGCGAGAUUGUUCGCGAUCUGGUGGCCGGCAAUGGCAAACAAUUUCUCUGGGGUAUCGCCAAGUGGUGUGGACUCGGUGGUUUCGCGGCAUACACCAAUUCUAUGAUUAAGUUCCUCGAGUCAAAAGUAUCCAUCGCAUUCCGGACGAGGCUUACUCGAUACAUUCAUGACUUGUACUUGAAUGAUAACCAAAACUAUUAUAAGCUAUCUAACCUUGAUGGUGGAAUCGGACAAGGUGCAGAUCAGUUUAUCACCCAAGACCUUACACUAUUCUGUGCGUCGGCGGCCAAUCUCUACUCUUCCUUAGGAAAGCCGUUUGUCGACAUUUGUGUCUUCAACUACCAACUGUAUCAGUCGCUCGGUCCUCUCGCGCUGACUGGGCUCUUGAGUAACUACUUCCUGACCGCGAGUAUACUGCGCAGAUUAUCUCCGCCAUUCGGCAAGCUCAAGGCGGUUGAAGGACGAAAAGAAGGUGACUUCCGGGCCUUACACGCACGUUUGAUAGCCAACGCUGAGGAAGUUGCUUUUUAUGGCGGUGCUGACAUGGAGAAGACUUUCCUGAACAAGGAGUUCAAGUCCCUUAAGAGCUGGAUGGAAGGUAUCUACAUGCUCAAGAUCCGCUACAACAUUCUUGAAGACUUCAUUCUCAAGUACAGCUGGAGUGCCUAUGGCUAUCUCCUCUCAUCCCUACCUGUAUUUCUUCCCGCAUGGGGUGGCCUUGGGGGUGCCAUGGAGAUAUCUGCCGGUGCUGAGAAGGAUGGACGAGAGCGUGGCCGUAUGCAAGGUUUCGUCACAAAUAAACGUCUAAUGCUGUCACUAGCGGACGCUGGCGGAAGAAUGAUGUACUCAAUUAAGGACCUCGCCGAGCUUGCUGGUUAUACCAGCCGUGUCUACACCCUUAUUUCGACAUUACAUCGCGUUCAUGCGAAUGCAUACUUCUCGCGGCCAAGCGGAAACGAGCUGUACUCGCUGUCUGACGUUCAAGGAACUGUGCAAAAGGGGUUUGAUGGCAUCAGGCUGGAACAUGUACCUGUUGUCGCCCCCGGUCUUUGGUCUCAGGGUGGCGAGGAGCUCAUGGAAUCCCUCAGCAUGAUCGUAAGAAGAGGCGAGCAUCUGCUCAUAUCUGGCCCGAACGGUGUUGGCAAGAGUGCGAUUUCAAGAGUACUGGCUGGGUUAUGGCCUGUGUAUCGGGGACUUGUGAGCAAGCCAAAAACCGUUGGCCAAGAUGGCAUUAUGUUCUUGCCACAACGGCCGUACCUCAGUAUUGGCACUCUGCGGGACCAGGUCAUAUAUCCUGACGGAGAACUGGACAUGCGUAUCAAGAGGAAAUCGGAGCAUGAUCUGCAGGCUGCUCUCGAUGCUGCUCGUCUCGGGUAUCUGCCAGAUCGCGAAGGUGGCUGGGAUACUCGGAAAGAAUGGAAGGAUGUUUUCAGCGGUGGUGAGAAGCAGAGAAUUGGGUUCGCCCGCCUUUUUUAUCACGAGCCACAAUAUGCGAUCAUUGAUGAGGGUACAAGCGCUGUUUCAAGUGACGUCGAAGGUCUUCUGUACGAAACGUGCAAAGAACGAGGCAUCACUUUGAUCACUAUUUCGACGCGCGCAUCCCUGAAGAAAUACCACACAUUCAACCUCGUCCUUGGUCUCGGUGAUAAUGGCGACGAAUGGGAAUUCGAGCGGAUUGGGACGGAGAGAGAGAAGAUGCAGGUGGAACGUGAGCUUCAAGAUCUUCGCGAACGACUCUCUCAAGUGGAGCAGUGGAAGCAUAGACGCGAAGAGAUCGAAAAGCAACUUGCCCAAGUUUGGACUGAGGGUGGUGAACCGCUAAGCCCUCCGUCGUACGUUGAGCAAGAACAGCAACAGGAGUUCCAGCAUGAUGAUGCGGAAUCUGAGUCUCAGCAUGAAGAUUCGGAUACCGCCGAAUUUGUAGAGGCCGAGAGUGGCUAGAUCUUUGUACACCGAAGCGAGAGCAUUCUUCAAACUUACCAAAAUUAUCUUCGAAUGUUUCCCUGAUUCAUCGUUUCUUGCGAUCUGAAGACCAGACGGCAAACCAUAAGGGGACACUUAAGAAAUCUUAUCUCAUACGAUGGCUUUGUUUUCUUCAAACGGAGAAAAAAAUAGUUGGUAUCUAACACAUCAAGCACGCAACUACUAAUUGUUACAGCGACGCGAUAAAUUGCACCACAUCAGCAAAUUUACGAAGAUCUCAUCAUCAGAGCUCAAUGGAUCAGCCGCAGCGCUAGUCCAGCAAUCAGCGCUAUUUCCCGGCUCUAAUGUACUCCGCUGCUGUCCCUCCACUUGUCUGGCCUAUAGAAUUCGCAGUCCACACACCAAAUCUUAACCUUAUCCGCGCCAUAGUGCAGACUGUCGCAAUCUGUGUACGUUCUUCUCCAUGACGCCAGGGCAUCUGCAGG